AUGCCUAAAGGCUAUAAGGUGUUGCUCCCGUUUUUUUUCCUUGCGUGUUCAACACGGACCACCUCCAUGCCUAUCAUGAACUUGCACCCGCUCCUCUGCUAUUCCCAGCACCCAGUUGAGUCCAACCACUGUUGUGCUAUUUUAUGGGAUCUCCGCGAAGCCCCCGUAUCCAUCCCGCAUGUAUCAUCACUCGAUCAUUUCCUCCCUGAUGCCGAACUCACGCAACACGCGACCUCUCCGCCUGUCACCAUCUUCCACGUAUCAUGUGGUUUCUUUCCUGAAGAAUGGUCUAUUGAAGUUCGGAACCCUCAAGGCGUCACCGUUCUUGACGUCUUGAAAGCCAUCCACUCGGCGUUGCAACCUCAGAUACACCAGCACGAGUGGGAACGACUUUGUAAAAAACAUCAGGAUCGCGUUGCUGCUGUUUUUGAUGCGCGAUGGAGGGUAUCAGCAGAGCCCGAGGAAAGUCGCACCCAUGGAGUGUUACGUAUAGAUUGCUUGUUGCAUCAUACGUGGUUCGGCGGGCUUUCAGUUUCCCUGGAAGACGAAAACAGCUGCAUUCUAUCGUUGCGGAGACCCCGCUGA